UUGAAGCAAACAUUAGCGCCACUAGCUUCUAAAUACUGGCACCGUUUCAGGGCUGCGAGUUGACAUGGAGAUUCUGAGAGACGACGAAGAGGAUGAGCUGAAAUACAAACGUGCAGGGCGCUUGGACAUGAGCCACGGCUUCCUGCACCAUAUCCGGAGGAACCAGAUUGCUAGGGAUGACUAUGAUAAAAAGGUGAAGCACGCCAAAGAGCUGCAGCUGCGGAGGAACCCCACCACCCCCAGGCGACCCCGUCGACCUGACAUCCAGGUGUACCAUCCACGGCGAAGACACGCAUCAGAACCAGGGGCUGGUGCUGAGGCUGAGGAGUGGAACGAGAGCGGGUCGAGCACAGAGACUGAAACGCAUGGGACUGAACUCUUCUGGCUCGACUAUCAGGCAGACUCUGGUGCCGUCACGUCCUUCCUUGUGCACAAGGAAGAUAAGCCUGAGAUAGUAGUUGAAAGUGUUGCGGAAAAGAACAGCUUGGAUUCAGCCAUGAGGGCAGCUCUGGUGGCUCGGAUUCGAAAGGAAAUGGACAAAAGACGGGACAAACGCUGAGUGAUAUCAAAACCACGAAUGUGAUGUCAAAGGCUCUACAGGCAAAGCCCUGUGGAAUAAUAUUUCGUUCACAGUUCUGUGCUCUUCGGUGAGCGCUGUUCACAUUGUUGGAGGAAUAACGAGGAACCGGGUCCUGUGCAGCCGCUGUCGGCAGAGAUCCCAAUGUGUUCUCCAACAAAGUUUUCUGUUAUUAAAGGAGAAGGAACCACAGUUGGUACAGGCGGUGUAGUGUGGAGAGUUCAUGUUCACUGCAUCAUACUCAUCUUUUACCAUUACCUCAUAUAAGGACUGAACACGUUGUUGACUGGACCUGUACAUGUUUGUUUCAGAAAGGACUUUCACAGAACAGUGUUCACCUUGAUCCUCCACUGAACAUGGUUGUGUUUCCUCUGUUUACAAAGAUCAGAAUAGCAGCCUCUCACCGAUCCUAUGUUGUUAAUGUGAGAGUUCCAUUUUGGUUCGUAUUGAAUUGAAGAGUUUAGUGGAUGUUGCCAUGAUGCUGUGUUUGUCUGGCAACUGUGUUUUGUUGUUUUCAGUAUUAUAAUUUAUUCAGGGUUGUUGAA